AUGGAUCCGCCAGCGAGAGAGGUGGCGGUGAGCCGACAGGAAGCGCUGGAGCUCAUUGACAAGCUCGACCUCAACGGCGACGGCAAGCUGAGCAAGAGCGAGAAGGCGGUGGUUGAGGCCAGAUUUGAGGCACUCGAGGCAACCACGGAUGUCAAUGGCGAUGGGCGCGUGAGCAGGCACGAGGCGCUGGACCUGAAUGGGGACGGGCGGGUGACAAAGAGCGAGAAGGACGAGCUGGACGCCAACGGCGACGGCGCAAUCAGCAAGCUCGAGGCGGUGAGCCUACGGGGGGUGAUCCGUGACGCUCACGCAGACGAGGCGGGACUGCUCGAGAUCCUUCACCGCCAUGGGGUUGAAGCCGUCGCCUCGGGCGAGCUGAGCGAGGAGCUGCUCCAAUGGAAACACGCGCUGCCGCCGGCAAGCGAUGGCGCGCGGCACCUACCGCUGCUUGGCCUCUGGGCAACGCAAGGCAACGCAACCAACGAGCUAGCCCUUGCCUUUGUCAGCCUCGCGGUGCUGCUUUCCGUCGCGGGCUACGUGUGGCGAUGCCUCCUUGGGCGCCGCUACCGCCAGAUGCACGCGAGCGCUUCUCCGUCUAACGACAAUUUGGUUCAGCCUAGCGUUAUGCGCAUGGACUCGGACGAGCUGCAGGAGCUACCGCCACGCGCUAUGCCGGUCCGCCAACUUAAACCGGCAGCAGUCGUGAAUUGA